UCAGACUUAAUCCAAAGUAGAGGAAUUGAGAGAAAAAGAACUAAUGUCAAAGCCAGUUAUACUAAAUUUAGUUUCUAUGAUUUUGUUAUUGAUGGUUAAUACACUAGUAUUACAGCCACAAGCAGCAGUAUCAGAUUCACCAAAGCCUAAUUGCAAAACAAGCUGUGGAAAAGUGAGCAUCCCAUAUCCUUUUGGAAUGGGAAACUCAAGCUGUUACUUCGAUGAGUGGUAUCAAAUUGACUGCUUAAAUUUGUCAGGGAAUUACACACCUUUCUUGAGACUCACCAACGUAGAAGUGCUUGAAAUUUCUAUUUCGGAAGGUACGCUUACGGUGAAAAACCCAAUUACGUUUUCGAGUUGUGACGAUAAGGUAUACCGUGAAGCUGCAAACUUGACAGGAAGCUCUUUCGUCUACUCUCAGAAGAGAAACAGGUUUACUGCAGUGAGUUGCAACAAGCUUGCGUAUAUGAAUUCCGCUGGUGAUCAAUCAAGUUCCUAUUCCCGGAAUUCGGCGAGCCAAACCAAUGUUAUUCUUGCCGCAUGCAUGUCCAUUUGUGAUAAAAAUACUACAGAUGGUAGCUGCAACGGCAUGAACUGCUGCCAAACCACCAUACCUUCCAAUCUGAUGGUUUUUUCUACGGACCUCAACCCGGAUACUUAUAACAGACAUGAGCGUUGUAGGUAUGCCUUCCUGGUGGACCAAAAAUGGUUUGAACUUCGGUCGAAAUCGUAUCUUGAUAUCCCUAGUAAGAUGGACUCUGUUCCCGUGGUGCUGGAAUGGAACUUAUUGUACAACAAUUUGGGUGAGCAAGUAUUUGGAAAGUUUCCUGAUCAAAUGGAUAAACCUAAAAGGUUUAAUUCAACCUCCUAUUGCCAAAGAGACAAUACCACUACUUCAAUAUUCAAUUAUACAAGGAUUCAGUGCUACUGCGACAGGGGUUUUGAAGGGAAUCCUUAUCUUCUCCAUGGAUGUCAAGAUAUAAAUGAAUGUGAGAAUCCUCCUGACGAUUGCAAGGACCACACUUGUGUGAACACGCAUGGGGGGUAUACGUGCCAAAAGAAGGAGAGAAUAGACCCAACAACACAGAGGAUGCUUCAGGGCAUCGGUAUCGGAUCAGGAUUGCUAUUUCUGCUCUUAGUUUUAUGGUUUUUAUACAAAAUCAUGAAGAAAAGAAGAAAAAUUAAACGCAAGAAGAAAUUCUUCAAGCGAAACGGUGGUUUGUUGUUACAACAACAAUUAUGUUCAAGUGAAGUCAAUGUUGAAACGAUCAAGUUAUUCAAUUCAAAAGAGCUAGAGAAAGCCACCGAUCGGUUUCAUGUGGAUAGAAUUCUUGGCCAAGGAGGUCAAGGUACAGUUUACAAAGGUAUGCUGACCGAUGGAAGAAUUGUUGCUGUUAAAAGAUCUAAAAUAGUCGAUGAGAGCAAAAUUGUUGAAUUCAUCAAUGAGGUUGUCAUUCUUUCACAAGUUAACCACAGAAAUGUGGUCAAGUUGUUAGGAUGUUGUUUAGAGACUGAAGUUCCUCUUCUAGUUUACGAAUUCAUACCCAAUGGAACUCUUUCCCAAUAUAUUCAUGACCAUAAUGAUGAAUUUCCAUUUACAUGGGAAAUACGGCUACGAAUUGCCAUAGAAAUUGCAGGAGCUCUUUCUUACUUGCAUUCUUCUGCUUCCUUCCCUAUUUACCACCGUGACAUAAAGUCCACAAACAUCCUCUUAGAUGAGAAGUACAGGGCAAAAAUAGCAGAUUUUGGGACUUCGAGAUCAGUUUCCAUUGACCAAACUCAUCUCACAACUCUAGUGCAUGGCACAUUGGGUUACUUGGAUCCUGAAUACUUCCAAUCAAGCCAGUUUACAGAGAAAAGUGAUGUUUAUAGCUUCGGUGUAGUUCUUGUUGAGCUCUUGACUGGACAAAAAGCAAUUUCUAUAAACAGGUCAGAAGAAGCUGGCAAAAGUCUCGCCACCUAUUUUAUUCUCUCAAUGCAGGAAAAUCGCCUGUUCGACAUUCUUGGGGGUCAUGUUUUGAAAGGUCCCAGAGAAGAUAUCAUGGUGGUUGCUAAUCUUGCCAAGCGAUGUCUGAAUUUGAAUGGAAGGAAGCGACCUACGAUGAAAGAAAUCACAGUGGAGUUGGAGGGAAUUCAAAUGUUAGCGAAAACGGUCACCACUUCUUCGAGUGUUCCACAAAAUUAUGAAGAGGUUGAAUGCUUGAGAACUCAUGUUACUGAGCCUUGGGAUGUUGUUUCCUUGUCAACUGGACCUGCUUUCGAUACUGGUCCUCAUUCAUCUUUGCAAGAAUUACCACUUUUACAUUAUACAGCAUGAUUUUUUUUUUUUUUAAUUGUAACAUGAAAUACGUUAAUUUCAUACUGCAGAUUGUAGCUUCAUAAUUUUGGACAAUUUUGGCUUAAAUAAUGUGAUUCAUGAGGU